AUGGUACAACUGAAGAAGACGGUCACCUUUCGUGACAUCUGGAUCGAUCGCCACCACAACGGUGUGGCCCUGACGUUGGCCCGAUUCGUCCUCGUCACGCUUGUCGACAUUGUUUUCAUCAUCUGCCGUCCCUUCUUGAUCGUCGCGCAACUUAUAUUUGACGCUUUCAGACGUGGCUUUACUCGACCUCAAAAGCAUGCGCGUCAGGAGAGUCACUUACACAGGGAAGCAUCCAAUAGCGGGAACAGAACUCCACAGCAUGCGCAUCACAGGAGUGACUCGGAUGAGUCAAACUCUGUUGUCGGGCAUUUCGAAGGAGAUGCCAUACGAUACCGUCUUGCGCAGCAGCUUCUUCAGCCUAUCCCCGCCCCGGCUCCCAUCAGCAUCAAGGGUAAUCAGACGGACUCCAAGCCGAAUGGUCCGUUCUUCAGCAUGCUGCCACCUGAAGUGCGGCGGUGUAUCCUAAUUCACGCGUUUGGACAUCGCACGAUGCACAUGAGUGUGCAAUUUCAGAGACCCUGGAAGGUGGUGGACGCCGUGCCGGAAUAUGAUCCGACAUCUCACGUGCAGCAUUAUUCGACAGCUCACGCGCGGCAUUAUCAUAACUUCACCGUAGGGACAUCUAAGUGGAUGUGGUACGGCUGUGUCUGCCAUCGAACCGCGCCGGAAGACGCCCCGUUGUCGCUAGGUCGGACCCGGAGCUGGCCGGUCAAGCCGCGAUCAUUCUUACUCGACGGUUGCCUGGCAGGUCAAGGCACCUGCUCUGAAUGGCCUGGUACAUGGCCCAGCAAGUGCCAGAUCGGGGUGACGGGUUGGAUUCGCACUUGUCGGCAAGCAUACGUGGAGGGAGUAGAAGUCCUCUACCGCACGAAUACGAUACAGAUGGCUUCGAUUCCUCUCUUGCGUGGAAUGAACGACAUUCUUCCGUCCACAACCCUCUCGCUGUUAACAUCUCUUGAACUGCUCUGGCAUCCCCAUUCUAUCCCCCUUACGGAUGCAUGCAAAAGCUACAGAUCUCAGGAAAAAGGAAAUACGGUUCUCCCUUCCCUUACCUAUCUCCGAAUAUGCAUGGUUGGCCUAAAUUUACGCAGCUACCAAGAAUUUCAGCGUCUUACCAAUGCGAAACAUAUUUCAGCUGAAGUCAUUGCUGAACUUAUGGAGAUAGCAGCCCCAGAGCAGUUUGAAUUGUUCGACAUGGCUGUUAAGAGGAUAGCACCAGCUUCCGCCAAUGUCACCAUUAGUUUAGAGAACUUGGCUUUCUACCAGGCUGCAGAAGUCCAUUUGACAAAGACGCAAGGGAGGGCGGUAACUCGACCACAGGUAUCGGAAUUUGGAGGAUUGAAGCAUUGGCGCCAGCUAUCCACGGUCGAAGACAAGACCUUGACACCCCAACGGAUCGAAGAAGGGGAAGCGCUCAGUCAAGCCCUUGGCGGAUAUUGGGUGCAUAUUGUUGAGGAAGCGGCUGACGGUCCCAUACAUGAAGGAGACUGUCAUCUCUACCAGCCACGGUCUUUUCUUGUUUAG